UGUCAGAUUUGACAACCGUGACAUACGUGUGAUGUUUAUUUUAUUAUUGUAGAAGUUUCGAAUAUAUGCUGGAUAAGUGCUGAUAGUAAUCUACAUAAUUUCCGUAUAAUUGCGUUUACACGAUUUUAAUAGCAGGUUAAUUUUAUUCGUAUCAAGAUGAACCAAUUAUUUUUGAGUGCCGAACAUGUCCUGCAAGGGGGUUACUUUCAUUCAACUUUAAGAAAACUUCAAGAACCGAAUACCAGUAUUGAACCGCAUAAUAUUAUGUAUCCUGUAUUUCUAUUAGAAGACGACAAUGAAGUUCAACAUGUGGGCAGUAUGCCUGAUGUUUGCAGAUAUGGUAUUGAGCAACUGAUCAAAAGGCUUCACCAACUAGUAGAAAAGGGACUCAAGUCCAUUCUAAUUUUUGGUAUUGUCAACACUCUGGAAAAGGAUGCCAGUGGUACAGCUGCUGACUGUCCAGAAAACCCAGUGAUAAAGGCUCUCCCGAGGCUCCGGGCAACAUUCCCGGAUCUCCUCAUAGCCUGUGAUGUCUGUCUGUGUCCAUACACUUCUCAUGGACACUGUGGUCUUCUCACUUCCACUGGGGCAAUAGACCAUGCUGCAUCAGUGCGGAGAAUUGCUGAAGUGGCCCUGGCUUAUGCUAAAGCUGGUGCACAUAUUGUCGCCCCUUCCGACAUGAUGGAUAACAGGAUAAAGGCGAUUAAAGAUGCUCUGGUUGCCUGUAAACUGCAGAAUCAAGUAUCGGUAUUAUCUUACUCGUGCAAGUUUGCGUCAUCAAUGUAUGGACCAUUCCGCGACACCAUGAAGAGUUCACCGAUGGAAGGCGACAGGAAGUGCUACCAGUUGCCACCCGGCAGUGCGGGACUGGCUGCCAGAGCCGCUGCCCGUGAUGUGGCUGAGGGUGCUGAUUUCCUGAUGGUGAAGCCCGGCCUACCUUACCUGGAUAUCGUGAGACAAACUAAAGAUAAAUACCCCACCCAUCCAUUGUUUGUCUAUCAGGUAUCCGGCGAAUACACGAUGAUUUGCCGCAGCGGAGAUAGCACGGAGGUUCAAAGUAUUCUCCUGGAGACAUUAACAAGCAUGAGGAGAGCUGGUGCUGACUGCAUCAUAACCUACUUCGCGCCACUACUCCUCGACAUCAUAUCUAAGAAACACUAAUAAUUGUUAUUUGGAGUCUUAUCAUUUUUUGGCGCGGGAUUUUAUGUAUGAGUUCCUAUAUUAUUUGCUCAAGUGUUUUCUUUCUUGCUUUUAUAAGUACAUAGACUACCAGCUGUUGUCAUAGUUUUAAGUUCAAAAUUAUAUUAUAUUUUUAGGA